AUGGCUGCGCAACCUCUCACAGAUGCUCUGGCGGAGCUCAAAGCGGCGGCCGGAGCGGACGACGAGGGCGACGACUCGGACGAGAAGGGAGAGGACGACGACACGGCGGCGACGGCGGCCAAGAAGAAGAAGAAGAGAAAGCCGCGCAGGAAGAAGAAGACGGCGACGAGCCAGACGGAGCCGCCGCGGGUCAUGGUCAGCCAGCUGUUCCCGAACAAGACGUACCCGAAGGGUGAGGAGGUCGAGUACGCGGACGAGAACCGGUACCGGACGACGUCGGAGGAGAAGCGGCACCUAGACAACCUGCAGAGCGACUUCCUGGACGACUACCGCGAGGCGGCCGAGAUCCACCGACAGGUGCGGCAGUACGCGGCCAAGACGAUCAAGCCGGGCCAGUCGCUGACGGAGAUUGCCGAGAUGAUCGAGGACGGGGUGCGGUCCCUGUCGGGCCACCAGGGCCUGACCGAGGGCGACAACCAGAUCGCCGGCAUGGGCUUCCCGUGCGGCCUGAGCCUGAACCACUGCGCCGCGCACUACACGCCCAACGCGGGCAACAAGAUGACGCUGUCGCAGGACGACGUCAUGAAGGUCGACUUUGGCGUCCACGUCAACGGCCGCAUCGUCGACUCGGCCUUCACCAUGGCCUUCGAACCCAAGUACGACAACCUCCUCCGAGCCGUCAAGGAGGCCACCAACGCCGGCAUCCGCGAGGCCGGCAUCGACGCCCGCGUCGGCGAGAUCGGCGCCGUCAUCCAGGAGACCAUGGAGAGCUACGAGGUCGAGAUCGACGGCACCACCUACCCCGUCAAGAGCAUCCGCAACCUCACCGGCCACAACAUCCUGCCCUACAGCAUCCACGGCACAAAGGCCGUGCCCAUCGUCAAGUCCAACGACCAGACAAAGAUGGAGGAGGGAGACGUCUUCGCCAUCGAGACCUUUGGCAGCACCGGCAACGGAUACGUCCGCGACGACAUGGAGACGUCGCAUUACGCUCGCCGCGGCGACGCCCAGCACGUCGACCUCCGUCUCAGCUCGGCAAAGUCGCUGCUCAGUGUCAUCAACAAGAACUUUGGCACCUUGCCGUUCUGUCGUCGCUACCUCGAUCGCCUCGGCCAAGAAAAGUAUCUCCUCGGACUUAACCACCUGGUUCAGGCUGGCAUUGUUGAGGAUUACCCGCCUCUGUGCGACAAGAAGGGAUCAUACACGGCCCAGUUCGAGCACACCAUCCUCAUCCGCCCCACGGUCAAGGAAGUCAUUAGCCGUGGCGAUGAUUACUAA